UCUGACUCUGCGUCACUGUUUGCUGUCUAAAUUUACCGAAGUCCUGAUAGGGCAAAAAAAAAAGAGAGUCCUGAUAGGGCUAAAGUUGGCGGUUCACUCAGCAGGCCAAUCAAAGCUUACAUUACGUCAUGUGACAACUGCGCGUUUCGUUUUAGACAGCCAAUUACCAGCAAGGCGCCAAAAAUUCAAAUAGCACAGUAAGCGUUACUAUGUUGUAAAUGAGCAGUAUCUAGAUAUGUAUUCACGAAAAUUAAAUAAGUUGAUACGUUUAUGCAGUGAUGGCAAACAUAGAAAACUAAUGAUCAAAUGGCUACAGAAGAAAGGCUUGCUUUGCAAAGCACCAAGUUGUCGUCACUGUGGAAAAAAGAUGCGAAUUACAGCCCACAACGGACGUGAUGGUUAUAUAUGGAUAUGUCGAAGAAACACGCAUCGCAGAGUUAGGCUCUCCAUUCGCAAUGGAUCACUGUUUAAUAACUCUAGGAUUCCCCUGGUUAAGUGGAUGGAAUACAUAUACAGGUUUUCCCAAGGUCUACAACUAAGACAAAUUGACUUGAUGGAAGACUGUGUUGCCAAAACAUCAACAACAUUGUCCAGAAUGAAUAAACUGCUCAGAAAGGUUUGCAUCAAGGCGUUGAGGAAACUGAAAAGUAGAACAGGUCUAAGAGUUGGAGGGAAGUCAAGGGAGAAGUUUGUGGCCAUAGAUGAGUCUAAGUUUGCUCACAAGAGAAAGUUUAAUCGAGGCCGCUUUUGUACUACUUGGCAGAGAAGAAAAGGUUGGGUGUUUGGGAUGAUGGAGGUUAAAGGAGCUCGCCGCCUACCAUUGUUAAAGAUGGUAAAGGACCGUUCCAGGAACACAUUGAUGCCCAUUAUCACAAAGCACAUCAGAAGAGGGUCGAUUGUUUAUAGUGACAAUUGGAGGGCAUAUCUGAAUGCACUACGACCACUAGGAUACAAACAUCUAACUGUAAAUCACAGCGAAAAUUUUGUUGAUCCCCAAACUGGCUGCCACACACAGCAUAUUGAACGGGCCUGGCUAGCCAUCAAGUCGCAGGUAUCAAGAUUCAGGGGUAACAAGACUACAAAAUUAUUAAGGGAACACCUGAAAUUCAUCCAGUGGCACUAUUGGCUGGGAAGAAGAAAUAGGAAAGGUGCCUUGGCACAGCUGAUCCAUGACAUUAGAAAUGCAUACAGGUUUAGAUUUAAUUAAAUGUGUAUUAUCCCAGAUUGAUUCUGGUGACUAUUUAAUUAUCUGAUCAUGCUGUUACAUAGUUUUUAACACAGUGAAAAGUGUUUAAUAAUUAGUAUUCAAUUAAUGGUUCCUAUGAAGUUACCAUGUAACUACACCAGUGUUACACAGUCC